AUGACACGUCAAUCAAUUAAGGAGUAUCUUCAACAAAAUCCAGAUAAAGUGCUUGUUCUGGAUGGAGGACAAGGUACAGAGUUGGAAAAUAGAGGGAUCAAUGUAGCCAACCCUGUUUGGUCCACAAUUCCAUUUGUCAGUGAAUCAUUUUGGUCUGAUAAAUCAUCCAAUGAUAGACAGAUUGUGAAGGAAAUGUUUGAAGAUUUCUUAGCUGCAGGUGCAGAAAUUUUAAUGACCACUACUUAUCAAACAAGUUUCAAAUCGGUAUCAGAAAACACUGAUAUUAAGACAUUGCAAGAGUAUAAUGAGUUACUUAAUAGAAUCGUUAGUUUCUCACGUGAUUGCAUUGGGGAACAGAAAUAUUUAAUUGGCUGUAUAGGACCAUGGGGUGCCCACGUUUGCGCAGAGUUUAAUGGUGAUUAUGGUGCGCACCCUGAAAAUAUUGAUUAUUAUCAAUAUUUUAAACCUCAAUUGGAUAAUUUUUUUGCAAAUGAAAACCUUGAUUUGAUUGGAUUUGAAACUGUUCCAAAUGUCAAUGAGCUAAAGGCAAUCUUGUCAUGGGAUGAAAAAAUUCUAUCCAAACCCUUCUAUAUAGGUCUUUCAGUUCACGAAAACGGUGUAUUAAGAGAUGGAACCACUAUGGAGGAAAUUGGAAAUAUUUUCAAGUCGUUAGGGAAUAAAGUGAACCCAAAUUUAUUGCUCUUAGGUAUAAACUGUGUUAGUUUUAAUCAUUCGCCAAGUAUACUGGAAGAUAUUCAUAAGAACUUACCAGAUAUGCCAUUAAUUGCUUAUCCAAAUAGUGGUGAAGUUUAUGAUACAGUUAAAAAAAUUUGGUUACCUCAGAAUAGCGAAAAUUCAUUGACGUGGGAGCAGGUAGUGAAAAGAUAUAUCGAGGCUGGAGCUCGUAUUAUCGGAGGGUGUUGCAGAACAACGCCAAAAGAUAUUCUUGAAAUUUCUAAAGCAGUGAAAAAAUUCAGCAAGUAG